CCCGAGCACCAACAUGGCGGAUCCGAGGGGGAAAGGGCUGCAGGAUUACAGAAAGAAACUACUGGAGCACAAAGAGAUCGACGGCCGCCUGAAGGAGUUAAGAGAACAACUGAAGGAGCUAACAAAACAGUAUGAAAAAUCUGAAAAUGACCUCAAAGCUCUUCAGAGUGUGGGACAGAUUGUCGGUGAAGUGUUGAAACAACUUACAGAAGAGAAAUUUAUUGUGAAAGCUACAAAUGGACCAAGAUAUGUUGUUGGCUGCCGUAGACAGCUUGAAAAAAGCAAACUGAAACCUGGGACUCGAGUUGCCCUCGAUAUGACUACUCUGACUAUAAUGAGAUACUUGCCAAGGGAAGUGGAUCCAUUGGUAUAUAACAUGUCUCAUGAAGAUCCUGGAAAUGUGACUUAUUCUGAGAUUGGUGGACUAGCAGAACAGAUUAGGGAAUUGCGAGAGGUUAUAGAGUUGCCUCUUACAAACCCAGAACUGUUUCAACGUGUAGGGAUAAUUCCGCCAAAAGGGUGCUUACUGUAUGGACCACCAGGUACAGGAAAAACACUCUUGGCAAGAGCUGUUGCCAGUCAAUUAGACUGCAACUUUUUAAAGGUUGUUUCCAGCUCUAUUGUUGAUAAAUACAUUGGUGAAAGUGCCCGUUUGAUCAGAGAGAUGUUCAAUUAUGCUAGGGAUCAUCAGCCAUGCAUCAUUUUUAUGGAUGAGAUUGAUGCUAUUGGUGGUCGCCGUUUCUCUGAGGGAACCUCAGCUGAUCGAGAGAUUCAGAGAACUUUAAUGGAGCUACUCAAUCAAAUGGAUGGAUUUGAUACACUUCAUAGAGUUAAGAUGAUUAUGGCUACAAAUAGACCAGACACUUUGGAUCCUGCAUUAUUGCGUCCUGGAAGACUUGAUAGAAAGAUUCAUAUUGAACUUCCAAAUGAGCAAGCAAGAUUGGAUAUCUUGAAGAUUCAUGCAGGUCCUAUCACAAAGCAUGGAGAAAUAGAUUAUGAAGCGGUUGUCAAACUGUCAGAUGGAUUUAAUGGUGCAGAUUUGAGAAAUGUUUGCACUGAAGCAGGUAUGUUUGCGAUUCGUGCUGAUCGUGACUAUGUUGAGCAGGAAGAUUUCAUGAAGGCAGUCCGAAAAGUUGCUGACUCUAAGAAGCUAGAAUCGAAGCUUGACUACAAACCUGUAUAAGUUAACCCUCCUUUUUGACUGGAAUUGUACAGCUUUAAAGGGGUGCAAAUGGAAACGUGUAUCUUAAACAGAAGAGUGAAAUCUGGAUAAUCUUUCUAUACUGUUUGGUUACAGGUAUAUAGUUUGCUGUAAAUGGUAGGUAACGACUAAUAGUGAUGUUCUGACAUAUAUAUAUGACAACUUGUUUCUAUUGCUAUCAUUUGUAACUGCUGGAAGAUGUUUUUGAGAAGCAAAAGUUGCUGUUUGAGAUCUGCCUGUAUUAACAGUGUAACAGUGUCCUUUUGUAUCCAAGAUGACACUUAGGGGCUUUGUGGUACAAAUGUUCAAAUGCAAAUAUUUCGAUCAGUUGUUUACAAAUUUUCCCCCAAACUCAAUAAAAUUUAAAUUU